AGUAAAGGACUGGGUCAAAUAUUCUUUCUUCAGAUCUAUAUAUAAUAUUGCAGUAUUGCUAUCCAUGGUAGCAAAAAUUCUUGAGACACUGACUCAACUACACUGCCACCAUGCAAUUCACACACAGCCUAGUCUCUACCAAAACUCUGCCUUGGAGGAUCCCAGAUGUCCACUGCCGCCGCAUCCCUCCACCAACCUCCACCGUCAGAUUCUCCCCUAUCUCUGCCGUGGCGGCAGCUCCUCCAAAACCUCAAAAAACCCACUCCAUGCCACCUGAAAAGCAAGAGAUUUUCAAGUCACUAGAAAACUGGGCUACCCAAAAUGUGUUACCGCUGCUCAAACCUGUGAAAGAGUGUUGGCAACCCCAGACAUUCUUACCUGACCCUGCAUUGCCGUUGGGAGAGUUCAACGAGCAAGUGAAGGCCCUGAGACAACGCACUGCGGAUCUGCCGGACGAGUAUUUCGUGGUGUUGGUGGGGGAUAUGAUUACGGAGGAAGCCUUGCCAACGUACCAGACCAUGAUCAAUACACUUGAUGGGGUGAGGGAUGACACUGGGGCUAGCUCCAGCCCCUGGGCAAUCUGGACUCGGGCUUGGACUGCUGAGGAAAACAGGCAUGGGGAUUUAUUGAAGACUUUCUUGUAUUUGUCUGGGAGGGUUGAUAUGCUUAUGAUCGAGAGGACUGUGCAGUAUCUGAUUGGAUCUGGCAUGGAUCCUGGAACCGAAAACAACCCAUACUUGGGUUUCGUGUACACUUCAUUCCAGGAGCGAGCCACGUUCGUGUCCCACGGCAACACGGCACGGUUAGCCAAGGAAGGUGGGGACCCAGUCCUGGCACGCAUCUGCGGCACCAUCGCAGCAGACGAGAAGCGGCAUGAGCUGGCCUACUCAAAGAUCAUUGAGAAGCUACUCCAAGUAGACCCAACGGAAGCAAUGCUAGCGAUCGCGGAUAUGAUGAAGAAAAAGAUAACAAUGCCUGCACAUUUGAUGUACGACGGGGAAGACCCAAGGCUGUUUGAGCACUUCUCGGCGGUGGCGCAGCGGUUGGGAGUGUACACGGCGGAUGAUUAUGCAGAUAUAUUGGAGGCGUUAAUAAAACGGUGGGGGUUGGAGAAAAUGGAGGGGUUGACAGGGGAAGGUAGGAGAGCCCAGGAUUUUGUAUGUGGGUUAGCGCCGAGGAUUAGGAAGUUGCAGGAGAGAGCUGAAGACAGGGCUAAGAAGAUUGGACCUCAAGGGGUCAAGUUUAGUUGGAUUUUCAAUAGGGAGAUUAUGUUGUAGCUGUAGAUGUACCAAAACAUGUGCUUGGUUUUUUUGCAUUCCCCAAUUCCAAUCUUUUCUUCUUCUUUUUUUCUUUUAAGCUGCUGCCACCUUUUGUUCGUUGAAUACUUGCCAGCAACCUGUUGAAAAGUUUACCAAUUACAACAAUGGCAAUUCUUUUCUUUUCGGAA